AUGGACGCAAUCAUCGAGUCUGGACGCAAGAUUUGGGAGGGUGAAAUCGACUUUGAAGGUCAACGCCUGGUCGAGAUGUUCUGUAGCGUCCUGUUGAGCACUGCUGGAGUCCUCGCUUUCAUGGUCGGCUUUGCAACUCAAGACAUCACAUACACUCUCUACAUCCUGCUCGGCGGUGCAGCCCUCACCUUCGUCGUGUGCGUACCACCAUGGCCCAUUUACAACAAGGACCCCGUCAAGUGGUUGCCCGCAAAGAAGUCAAGCGGAGUCACAGGCAUUGACAUUACAGUCGAUGGGAAAAAGGUGCAAUAA